CUCUCUCUUCAACCCUGUCGUGUCUUCAACCUCUUUUCCUCUUUCCCUUACUGACUCUCCCACUGAACCUCACAGACCAAGAGAGACCAAGACCAUUUUCAGGUCCAGUUUCAGAAAAAUGAACCAGGAAAUGAAUGGGGUCGAAGCUGAGAGGUAUCAGAAGGAGAAUCUCAGCAAUGGUCAUCAUAUUUAUGAGAAGAUAGACUAUGUGUUCAAGGUGGUGGUUAUUGGAGACUCAGCUGUGGGGAAGACUCAGAUACUGUCGAGGUUUACUAAGAACGAGUUCUGCUUCGAUUCCAAGUCCACUAUUGGGGUUGAGUUUCAGACCAGGACUGUUACCAUUAAAGGGAAACUCGUCAAGGCUCAGAUCUGGGAUACUGCUGGCCAAGAAAGGUAUCGAGCUGUUACAAGUGCAUAUUAUAGAGGUGCACUCGGGGCGAUGUUGGUGUACGACAUAACCAAGAGGCCGACGUUCGAUCACGUAGCCCGGUGGGUCGAGGAGCUCCGGGCACACGCGGACGCCUCGAUUGUGAUCAUGCUGAUUGGUAACAAGGCUGAUCUCAGUGAUCAGAGGAACGUUCCGACUGAAGACGCAGUUGAGUUUGCUGAGGAGCAAGAGCUGUUCUUCUCCGAGACAUCGGCCUUCAGCGGCAACAAUGUGGACAGUGCAUUCUUUAGAGUACUAGAGGAGGUGUACAGUAGAGUGACGUCUAAGAAAGCACUGGAAUGUGGGGAUGGGAAAAGGCCCAUUGAUGGGGUUGGAGCAAAAAUUGAUGUCAUUUCUGGGUCUGAUUUGGAAAUUAGUGAGAUGAAGAAGUUGUCUGCUUGCUCUUGUUGAUCCAAAUUAGUUCCUGGUAAGAACUAAUUAAGGAACUAAUCAACAAAGCAAUACAUGCAUGCUUGGUGUUUUUAAGUUUUUAACUUUUUACUAUGAUCAUUAUGUUUUUAUCUUGGGCGUUUUAAGAGUGAUCUAUGGGGUGAGGGCGUGAGGCCAGUGGCAUAUUCUUCAGUGUACUGCUAAAGAAAGUACUAGCAAGCUAGCAGUACCCGGCCUACUAAUUGGAAAUAUAAACCGCAAGAUGAGGCAAUUAUAUAUGUAAUCAGGUUUAGGAGCAUGUAUUAGCACCUACUAUAUAUGAUUGCAAGUAUGAUCAAGUUUUUCAAUAUCUCCGCUGCUCAUUUAGUUGGUCACAGUACGUGUACAAUGAGACAUUUGUAAAUUUUACUCCCCAAUAUAUAAUAUAUAUUGUGUUUACAAC